CUAAAUUGUAGUAUUAUAUGGCAAAUCCUGCACACAGCCAACCCAUGAUAUUUGCAACUUGUUAUGCAUAACAUCACAUUCAAUUACUUAUUGAAUUCACUUAAAACUCACACCAAUUGGAUCCAACCAAAUCAAUAAUGGAUGAAUUUCUUGACCAAAGUAUCCUUGAUAAGCCGACAAGGUUUUCGUUACCAGUUCUCCUAAUAUCUCUAUUUAAAUAAAGUGCUGAUUUCAUUCAAAAAACUUUAAAUUAUAUCAAUAAAUCAUGCAAAACUUUAUUGAUUUUAAUAUCCUUGCUAAAUCUUCAAGAUUUGUCAUCGAUAAACUAUAUAAUGAUGCUAACUAUAAUUACUUUAACAAUGCAGAAACUUACGAAGAUUGGAAUAAUGAGUGGAGGAAGGUCAAGAAGGAUACUAUUGAACUAUCUCUACUUGAAAGAAACCGUACGAGACUUGUGUUUUGGUCAUUUAAUUAUCAUGUUAUUAGUAUUCAAAAUCCUUACAAGGAUUUUGACAUAGAAUAUAUUAGUGGGGAAUAUUGUCAAGGUGAUCUCACUCAUCUCAUGAAAUCAGCCGAAUACUUCUUUGGUGGAGUAGAUGACGAUUUUCGAAAUGUGUUGAGAGAACAACAUGAAAAUGAAUCUGUGCAUGUACUCGACUUAGUACGCACAGGAUGCAUCAACCUUUUUAAGAUCUCGUUUUGGUUCUCUACUCCUUGUCCUCGGCUUCUACCAAAACCAAAGUCUUUAACUAAAGAGGCUUUGGCUAAUGAACCUGCUGAGGUUUUGCCUAAUGAGUCUGCUGAGGAUUUGCCUGCUAAGUCUUCACAUAAAUCUGGUACUUUUUUAAAACCAUUACGUAGGUCUACUAGGUUAAUAGCUCAACGACCAAAAUCACCAAAUAUUUCAAUUACAUCUAGCAAACAUAAAACAUCACUACCUGAUUCAUCUCCAAAUAAAGUUUCGGAUCAAUCAUCACCAAAAAAUACAUCAUCAUGGGUCAGAGAUCAAUCUCAAUCAGGGCCAAGUUACCAAUAUAAAUUCCGUUCGUUGUUUAAAGAUAAUCUACAGAUUGCUUCUGAUUUUCAAGAAUUAGACACACAUUAUUUUGAAAUGCGAUAUAGUUCGAUUAUGAUUGACAAAGCUCUAUUGGAGAAAUUUGAUUCUACAGAAAUAAAGAUCACUAAAGGAUCGAAAACAAAUGAACAGGAAUUGUCUUAUAUGCUCAAAGAUUACUUGCUAAAUCCGAUCCUAGAAUUUCUUAUAAAAAGCUCCAGUGAUCUGAUAAUUCUCAAUUCGCAAAGCUCAACAACCGGAAAAGUAAUUCCUGAAUUCAAAUUCACUAAAAAUGGUACAUUUCAAAUACCAGUGCAAAUCAAAUUUGACAGGAUUUCGGAAACAUACAAUAAUCAUACCGACUCCAAGAAAUCAGCCUGGGGCGAAUUUUGUAAUCAACUACUUUUUCAAAUUCUCACUACAAAGAGUAGAGUUGCUUAUGCGUUUGAUACCAAUUGUGUGUUAUUUAUUCAUCUAGAUGAAGAAGCUACAGCACCAAGACUCAUUAACGAGUCAUUUGAAAUUCAAUUAGCAUUUAAAUGCAAGUUGUUUGAAUAUAGUUCUAGUGAUUUCAAUAUAGUCGCGUUAGUAUUAGGGAGUAUGAUUCAUAAUUUGAGUCUAGUUAGCGAAGAAGGUCUGAAAAAUGUCGACAUGAUUAUGAACAAGUUACAGAUUGAUGAUUCCGACAGAGAUCUUUAUAGAGACUGGCAAAUUAAUUUAAUGUCACAGGACUUCACCACACAAUUUCUGAAUUUUCAAAAAUCUGGUAACAAAUAUAUCAAAGAAGAAUAUCCACUUGUAUCCAUUCCAAACGAAUGUUAUGCAGCGGUUGAAAACAUGAGAUUUGAUUUCCCUGAUCUUUUGGAGGAAGAUUUUAUUAUUCAUCCUAGAGAAUUUAGACCUAAAAGUAAGCCAGGAAGUGGAUAUUUUCUGCAGGUUAGAUUGGUGAAUUAUAUUAAGGCAAGCAGUAAAGUGAAGUCUCCAUUGAUUUUAAAAGUCUAUAACCCAUGUGACUAUAUUGAAAAUGGUUCUAUUGACAGAACUGAAUUUUAUAAGAUAUAUUCAUUCAUUGUCAGUAUGUUCCUAACAGAGGUAGAUUCUUAUAUGAAACUUAGAAAUCAUGAGCCAACAGGAAUAGAUUCAGAUAGACCCCCAAGUGAUGAUUCAAUUAAUUAUCUACCAUACUUGUUUCAAUACGGUUGGUGUAAUUUUAACACUGAUUCUAAACUUGUGGGGUUUUAUUUGUUGUUGGAGUAUAUAGAUGAUUCAAAUACAGUGGAAGAUGCAGUUAAGUAUAAGGAAGCAUUUAAAGCUUUAAAAAAAAUACACCAAGACCAUAAUAUGAUUCAUGGGGAUAUAAAACGAGAUAACAUAUUAUAUUCGGAGUCCCGAAAACGGGUGUAUUUGAUAGACUUCGGUUUAUCAAAAAGGAAAAAUAUAAGUCAACCUGAUGACAAGUCAAUGAAAAGAGAUUUGCAAAAAUUAUCUGAUGCAUAUCCUAUGGUUCCAAGUUCUGAGGAUUUUGAUGAUGAGAUUCAGGAGAGUCCAACUAGGAAGAAGAAAAAAUUAAAAAGUUAAAUAGUUGUAUGUUUUUUUUUUUAUUAUUAAUCUAAUAUAUGAAGUCGAAGAAAAAGGGAAUAUAUUACCCACUUUAUUGUAGUUGGAAUGACCUUUUUAAGCCCUAGAACAGUACUUUUCUUUAUAAUAAAAAUCUUUAUAUAGAGUUUGUUAAAGGAGAUA